UGAACACGUAAUUCUGUCAAAUCCUGUUUAUUCCCUUUAACUUAUUACAUUUCGGCAAAUUAUCAAAUUACGUAUUUUCUCGGGUAAAUUAUAUAUACCAUCGUUUUAUCGUGAUUCGAUAACAGUUAUAUUUAGAGUUUUUUGUCGUUAACAACCACCCUUUAAACAAUAACCAUCAUGGCUCCGGGAGGUAAAUGUGCUGGAAAGGUGAUGAAAAAAUCGUCCGACAAGGCCCAAAAGAACAUCGCCAAAUAUGACAAGAAGCGCAAGCCAAACAGGAAAGAAUCAUAUGCCAUCUACAUCUACAAAGUAUUAAAACAAGUACACCCCAACAUCGGCAUCUCAUCUAAAGCCAUGAAUAUCAUGAAUAGUUUGGUCAACGAUCUUUUCGAGCAAAUUACCGACGAAUCUAGUCGACUGACUCACUACGACGAACGUUUGACAAUCACCAGUCGGGAAAUUCAAACUGCUGUCCGAUUAUUGUUGCCCGGUGAAUUGGCUAAGCACGCAGUCAGUGAGGCUACCAAAGCUGUCACCAAAUACACCAAUUCAAAAUAGUUGGUAUUAUUGUUAAAACUCUAUAAAAAGGCC